CGCAAGGUCAGGCCCGUCGUCGCCCAACGAUUGCUCUGGACUGCUCGGAUCAGCCAGCCGGACAAGCUCGAUUUCGCCAAGAGCCGCUCGCCAAAGGACACCGCUGAGCAUCCCUUCUCCCCACACCAAGCUCUCACAACCCUCCUCCUCCCGUCUCUGCAUCAUGGCCAAAGUGAUCUCCACUGCCGAACUCGCCCAAGAGAGAGUCAAUCUCGAGGGUCUGGAAGAAUGGCAGGUCGAGUCCGUUCCCCUGAAGACCGUCCAGCUUGAUCCCCUCACCAUCCUCAAGAUCGUCAAGCACACCCGGGACAACUACCCCGUCCCAGCCGUUGGCCAGCUCCUCGGCAUCGACAUUGCCGGCACCCUCGAGGUCACCAACUCGUUCCCCUACACCAUCAACCAGAAGGAGGACGGCGGCGACGACCACGAGCACCGCGGCGGCGAGAACACCCAGCCCGACACCGACAGCUCCGAUUACCAGCUCAAGAUGCUGCGAUGCCUCCGAAAACUCAACUACGACGCCAACACCGUCGGCUGGUACCAGUCGACCUCGAUGGGCUCCUUCUGGAACCAGAACCUGAUCGAGUCGCAGCUCAGCUACCAGCGUGCCUUUGCCCAGUCCGUCGUCAUCAUCUACGACCCCACCCGCACCUCGCAGGGCAACCUUUCGCUGCGUGCCAUGCGACUCACCGACGCCUUCAUGGAGAUCUACAAGGAGCAAAAGUUCACCAUGGAGACCCUGGCCAAGAACCACAUCACGCCCUCGUCCGUCUUUGAGACCCUGCCGAUCGAGAUCCGAAACUCGCAUCUUUUGAACGCGCUCCUCCGGCAGCUCGACGAAGCCGCCCUUCCCUCGCCGUCCCUCUCGCACGCCCUGCAGUCGCCCGCCUCCUCCUUCCGCUCGCGCAUCCCGGCCGCGCACUCGUCCUUGACCCCCAACGCCGAUAACCUGGAGCUUGGCCUCGAAAACUACCUGGAGAAGCAUCUCGAAUACCUCGGCGAGACCGUGGAGGAGUAUGGCCAGGAGCAGUGGAGAUGGCACGCCUGGCACCGAAACUUCCAAAAGGAGCAGCAGCGAGCCAACCAGGCCGUCCAGAAGAAACGGCAAGAGAACGCCGCGCGUCUGGCAUCGGGAGCCGACGCCAUCUACUCGGAGGAGGAUCUGGCAGCCACCGCCAACCCGCUUUCGCUCCAAAAGAUCCAGGCCUCGGAGCCCAGCCGCCUCGAGUCGCUCAUCAUCACCAACCAGAUCGACACCUACUGCAAACAGAUCAACCAGUUCUCGGGCCCGGGGCUGGCCAAAAUGUACCUGACCAAGGCCAUCCAGAGAAAGUGAUCCCUAUCGUCUUGGCGGAGGCGGAGGUGAAGAUGAUGCGGGAACGCUGACGUUCGCAGACUCGGGCGUCGUGCUCGCCAUUGGAUUCUGUCUCGGCCCAAUCCAGCGACAGCAGCAUCUAUAUGUGUAAGUCGAGCAGCCUUAUACAUUCCGUUCCAUCCCAUCCGACCCCGUCCCAUCCCGCCGCACAUCUGCGCAGAGCUAGAUGCUUGUGUCCAAGAAGAGGGAUCUCCCUUGGCUGUCGCACUAACCUAUCGAUCUCUCGUGGUGGAUGGCUGCUCCUUCCGUGCCCGCAUUCCCCAUCCACCCAACCGUGUGGUUCAUUGGAUCGAUGGCGCUCGCACCAGAUAUUUACAGCAUCGGGGGCAUCCUGGGUAUUGAUAUUGGUCAACAUUGUUACUUUUUUUUGCCUGAAUACACACCCAUCGCAAUCUCCA